GCCCAGCAAUUCCUGUUGGGGUGGAUGUGCAAGUUGAAAGCUUGGACAGUAUUUCUGAGGUUGACAUGGAUUUCACUAUGACUCUGUACUUAAGGCACUACUGGAAGGACGAGCGUCUCUCGUUUCCCAGCACCAACAACAAGAGCAUGACCUUCGAUGGCAGGCUGGUGAAGAAGAUCUGGGUCCCUGAUGUCUUCUUCGUGCACUCCAAAAGGUCUUUCAUUCAUGACACUACUACGGACAACAUCAUGCUGCGAGUGUUCCCUGACGGUCAUGUCCUCUACAGCAUGAGGAUCACAGUGACAGCGAUGUGCAACAUGGACUUCAGCCGCUUCCCCCUGGACACUCAGACAUGUUCCCUGGAGCUGGAAAGCUAUGCUUACACUGAUGAAGAUCUGAUGCUGUAUUGGAAAAAUGGGAAUGAAUCUCUGAAGACUGAUGAAAAGAUUACUUUGUCUCAGUUUUUGAUACAAAAAUUUCACACUACGUCGAGACUGGCUUUCUACAGUAGCACAGGUUGGUACAAUCGCCUCUAUAUAAACUUCACUUUACGACGACACAUCUUCUUCUUCUUGCUCCAAACCUACUUCCCUGCCACACUCAUGGUCAUGUUGUCCUGGGUGUCCUUCUGGAUCGAUCGCCGAGCAGUUCCUGCCAGAGUCUCUUUGGGGAUAACCACCGUGCUGACCAUGUCUACAAUCAUCACUGGGGUGAAUGCCUCCAUGCCUCGCGUUUCCUACAUCAAAGCAGUGGACAUUUACCUGUGGGUCAGUUUUGUGUUUGUCUUCCUUUCGGUGCUGGAAUACGCAGCAGUGAAUUAUCUGACUACGGUGCAAGAGCGGAAGGAGAGGAAACUGCGGGACAAG